AUGUUGCAGAAACAGAGCAUUGUUUUAAUCAACAUCAUCAUCACAUCAAUGGAGAAGCAAGUUGAAAAAAACUUCACCUGGGUGAUAAAAUAUCCCAUCUGUUUAUCAGAUAACUGCUUUUCUGAUCCAUUUCUGAUUGCUGGAUGUAAAUGGCGUCUUAAAGCCUUUAAGAGAGAGAACCUUGAGCUCUUGUAUCAGUAUCAAGGUGUAGCAGAUUCUCAAUCAUUGCCUUCUAGAUGGAGAAGAUAUGUAAAACUUCGCUUAACAAUAGUUAAUCGACUAUCUGAAAAACUCUCUACAGUGACAGAUUCAGAGUUUAACUUUGAUGAGAAGUCUCCCAUGCGUAUGUAUCCAACCGUACUGCCUCCUAAACUUGUGGCAAAAGAUGGAGGGUUUUUGGUAAAUGGAGAAGUAAUGAUUGUUGUUGAGGUGGUUGCUCAUCUAGUUAUUGGCACACUAGGUCAAAGUCAUGGUUUCAUGUUCUUCCUCCACAGAAGAUGGAAAAAUGAUCACAAAAGUGCUUUGUACAUCUGUUUUGACUCGCAGGUGGAAUCUGUGAGACGUAUAUUCGAAAAACAUCCAGGUAUUGCUGCUGAUUUCCGAGCAAGAAAUCAACGAAUGAGGCAAGCGUGUAUGAGUUUCAUGCUAAGCUUAAUAGAGACGUUGUGCCAGUCACUUGAGGAGCUCUCAAAUGAAGAUCUUGUGGAAGCAGACAUUGCGCUGACAUACUUGAAAGAAGCAGGCUUUAAGGUGGACUGGUUGGAGAAGAAGCUGGGCCAACUAAAGGAAAACAAGGAGAAAGAGAAGUCUGGUUUGGUCAGGCUCCAAGAAAUAGAGGAAAGUCUAGCGAAACUGAAGCUACAGUGUUCAGAGAUGGAUGAUCUUGCAGAGAAGGAGAAGUCAGAGUUGUCAGCCACCAGAACCGCUCUGUCUUUGGAUCAUCUUGUUUGA